CGGAUCCGGCGGUUGUGUGGCGCCGCCGCCAGCGCGUGCACGCGUGGAGAUUGGCGGCUGGCAGGGCGGGAUCCACUUGAGGCCUGCACCGUUUCCCCGGGCAGGGCCCCGCCUCGAGUUCCCAAGCCUUCCUCCGCGCCCCCGCCCACUGGCACCCAAGGUGGGGAGGGCCUUCUCGCCGCCUGUAACCCUCUGGGGAAGCCGCGGUGAAGAAUUACCGACGCGUGAGUGGGCGCGAAUUUCUCUCGCCCGGACGCCGACUCCGGAGCAGCGGCAGGAAUAGGCGAAGUUACAGGAUGAGGCCGUUCUACUAGUCAUAAUGAGGAAGAUGAAACUAGAUAGAACAGUGAAGUCCUACUCGUCCCCUAAAUGAGCUUUUCUGGGUGCUCCCUUUCCUGUUCUUUCAAAGGAUUAAAUGGAACCCUGAGGACUUUGCAAUAUGAAUAAUUCUUUGGAGAAUACAAUUUCCUUUGAAGAAUACAUCCGUGUGAAAGCACGAACGAUCCCCCAACAUAGGAUGAAGGAAUUCCUGGACUCCCUGGCCUCCAAGGGCCCUGAAGCCCUACAGGAAUUUCAGCAGACAGCUGCUACCACAACCAUGGUAUAUCAACAGGGAGGCAACUGUAUUUAUACAGAUAGCACGGAAGUGGCUGGAUCUUUGCUUGAACUUGCCUGUCCUGUUACAACUAGUGUCCAGCAACAAACCCAACAAGAGCAACAAAUACAAGUGCAACAACCCCAACAAGUGCAGGUGCAGGUUCAAGUUCAGCAAUCCCCUCAAUCUGUGUCCACCCAGCAGCUCUCUCCACAGCUCACUGUUCACCCGGCCUCAGAGCAGCCAAUACAAGUCCAAGUGCAGAUCCAAGGCCAAUCACAGCAGCAAGCAUCCCAGACAAUACAAGGUCAGGCCCUUCAGAGUCCCAGCCCUUCUCAGUUACAGGCGGCUCAGAUCCAGGUGCAGCAUGUGCAGACUGCUCAGCAAAUCCAGGGUGCAGAAAUACAGGAGGAACACAUACAGCAUCAGCAGAUCCAGGCCCAGCUUGUGGCAGGACAGGCUAUUGCCGGAGGACAGCAAAUCCAAAUUCAGACAGUUGGAGCACUUUCUCCUCCUCCAUCUCAACAAGGUUCACCACGGGAAGGCGAACGAAGGAUCAGCACCGCCAGCGUCCUUCAACCAGUAAAGAAGCGCAAAGUGGAUAUGCCUAUUACUGUGUCAUACGCCAUUUCAGGGCAGCCGGUGGCUACAGUUCUGACCAUCCCCCAGGGCCAGCAGCAGAGUUAUGUGUCCUUAAGGCCGGACUUGUUAACGGUGGAUAGUGCCCACCUGUACAGUGCCACUGGGACCAUAACUAGUCCCACUGGGGAGACUUGGACAAUCCCGGUUUAUUCUGCCCAGCCACGUGGUGACCUGCAGCAGCAAAACAUUACCCACAUUGCCAUUCCUCAGGAGGCCUACAAUGCCGUCCAUGUUAGUGGCUCCCCAACAACUUUGGCCACUGUGAAGCUAGAAGAAGAUAAGGAUAAGAUGAUAGGAGGUGCAUCGGUAGUGAAAAACUCUCAUGAGGAGGUAGUGCAAACUCUUGCCAAUUCCCUUUUCCCAGCACAGUUUAUGAAUGGCAAUAUCCACAUUCCAGUGGCAGUGCAAGCAGUGGCAGGGACCUACCAGAAUACAGCACAGACGGUUCAUAUAUGGGACCCACAGCAGCAGCAGUCCACAUCACAGGAGCAGGCACAGCAGCAGCAGCAACAGCAACAAUUGCAAGUUACUUGCUCUGCACAAGCUGUUCAGGUAGCUGAAGUGGAACAGCAGCCACAGCCUCAGCCUUCUCCUGAACUUCUUCUUCCGCAAUCUCUCAAGCCAGAGGAAGGACUAGAAGUAUGGAAGAGCUGGGCACAGACUAAAAAUGCAGAGAUGGAAAAAGAAUCACAGAACCGCCUUGCACCCAUUGGUAGACGCCAGUUAUUGAGAUUCCAAGAAGAUCUCAUAUCUUCAGCUGUAGCAGAAUUAAAUUACGGAUUAUGCUUAAUGUCUCGUGAAGCUCGCAAUAAUGAAGGCGAGCCCUAUGAUCCAGAUGUUCUUUACUAUAUCUUUCUGUGCAUUCAAAAGUACUUAUUUGAAAAUGGGCGAGUUGAUGACAUUUUCUCAGAUCUCUAUUACAUACGGUUCACUGAAUGGUUACACGAAGUUCUCAAGGAUGUGCAGCCUAGGAUCACUUCUUUGGGAUAUGUUCUUCCCAGCCAUGUGACAGAAGAGAUGUUGUGGGAGUGUAAACAGCUGGGAGCUCACUCUCCUGCUACCUUGUUAACCACUCUCAUGUUUUUUAAUACAAAAUAUUUCCUGUUGAAAACAGUAGAUCAACAUAUGAAACUGGCCUUUUCAAAAGUCUUGAGGCAGACUAAGAAGAACUCUUCUAAUCCUAAAGAUAAAAGUACAAGCAUCCGAUAUCUAAAGGCUCUUGGCAUCCACCAGGCAGGCCAAAAAGUUACAGAUGAUAUGUAUGCAGAGCAGACAGAGAAUCCUGAAAACCCGUUGAGGUGUCCUAUAAAACUCUACGACUUCUACCUCUUCAAAUGCCCGCAAAGUGUGAAAGGCAGAAAUGAUACAUUCUAUUUGACUCCUGAACCAGUGGUGGCUCCCAAUAGCCCCAUCUGGUAUUCCAUCCAGCCAAUCAGUCGAGAGCAAAUGGAGCAAAUGCUUACCCGGAUUCUGGUGAUACGAGAAAUUCAAGAAGCUAUUGCGGUGGCCAAUGUUAGCACCAUGCACUAAAGGCAUCCCUCCCAGUUCAGAAAAAAGGGUGCAGGGUGGAACUGGGUGGGGUGACAGCGAGGCCAGGAUCAAUUGUACAGCCUUUUACACUAAAGGAGAUGCCUAAGUUUUUUUUUUAAUUGGUGUAGUUAAGAAGCCCUUUUAGGCUUCUUCUGGUUAAUAAGAGACCCUUUCCAUUGUGUAUCUGACCCUUUUGCAUCAGCUUUCUGGACACAUUGAAGGCUGCAUUCUUUCUUUAGGAGCUGUGAAGUUCCAUAGGUUGACUUUGGGAUUUUUUAUGAUGUGAAAAAAACAAAUUUAAUUGGUGGACUUGGCCUGGGUGGGCCACUACAUUCAAGCUCAUGAACUUGGAAGCAGAAAACGGUGGAUAUCUGCCUGACCUAAAGAAAAAGGUGGUUUGCAGUUUCCUUGUGCUUGGACACUAACAUGUCCUAGAGGGGGAUGUCCUGCAAUUAUGAUUUAUAAGGAGAAGAAAAUCAAUUUCUAUUAAGACCUUAAAAGUGACAUUUUUAGAUGUUAAGUACAAACUACAACACUUGCUUCUCUUCUCUCUCUCUCUCUCUCUCUCUCUCUCUCUCUCUCUCUCUCUCUCUCUCUCUCUCUCUCUCUCUCUCUCUCUCCCCUCUCCCCCCCCCCUCUUUCUCUCUCUCUCUCUCUCUGUUUCUCUGCCUCUCUCUCUCUUGUUUGGCCUGAUGUUGAGGCCUUAAAUCCUUGAGGCUCCUGUGCCUAAUGGAAUUCUUGUAACAUACACUUGUGUAUCAUAUAAAGAUACCACCCUGUUUCUCUUAUGUAUUCUUAUGCUAGUUGUUUAUUAAGAAUGACAAGCACGUCUUUUGAACAUGCUGUUGAACAAUGUGUCUUUAUUGGGGGAGCAAAAGACAUAAUUAGUAACAUACAGAAUGUCUUAACUAUUCCUCUACAAAUUUGCUAGCCUAUUUAAAGAAGGGUUAUUUUUUUUUCCUGGUUACCUGAUUCUAUGGGAUUCGUGCGAGAAAUUGUUUAUUAGCAUACUAACUUGUUGCUUUUGUUGUAAUUUUUAAUUAAAUGAAUUUAGAAUUGGGAUAGCCGGUAUUUGAGGCCAGGACUUUUCUUUUUAACCUACUUGCCUGAAAGUCUGAGACUUACUGCAGAUGUUUAUUAGUACUGGGAUUUAGAGAGCAUAGAAUCCCUUUCUUCUUGAACAUAGCAUUAUCAUAACUUUAUGACAACUGAUUUUAAUCCAUCAGAAUUUAAGAACAUUCCUUCAUCAUUAUCUCAGCUGGCAGCAGUUGUGUGUAACAUUGAUUGUAGAAAGAGGAAAAGCAAAAACAUCCAGUCCUUAUAGCUUUCUAAAUUAUAUUUAUGCAUCCGUUUGACCUCUGUUUUGUUUGAACCGACAGGUUUUUUUUUUUGUUUUAAGAACUGAACCAUAGGAACUAUGUUGUGCUGGGACCAAGCCCAGUAUUUUGCUUUUUUCGCAUUACUUAUUAUUUUUGGGCCAUUGUCUACUUAAAGAUAUUGUGAUGAUGACUUCAGAUUUUCCACCAUAUUUUCACCAGUUAGAAUUUAAAACUGGUGUGAUUGUUCAGUUCAGCAUUAACGUUACACGUUUUUUCCUUUCUCAUAAAGCAGCUGGAUUGAAAUUAGAAUCAAAGUCUGUGUAAUUCUGCAUUGGUUUUCUGAAGAACACAUUUUUCUGCAUUUAAGCCUACUAUUACAGCAAUAUUAUAGAAGAGGGCAAGUAACUUAAGAUAUGUAUGAAAAAUUACUUGAUGCCUUCCUGAAAAUUGCAUGAGAAAAAGUGCUAUUUGUUUUUGUUUUUUUAAAGCUAUGAUCAGUACAUUCAUCCCUAUUCAGAAGAAAAGUAGCUCUGCAUAAAAAGAAAGGAGCAGAAUUGCAGGAAAAGUGGUGCUCUCCCUCAGGCAAGGAAAUGUAACACUGCUCCAGAUAACAAUCCACAACUGUGUUCCAAAUAGGUACUUGGGUAUUCCUUACAUGAGUGUGUGUAUACACAGACAUAUGCCGACCUAUUAUACAAUCAUGUGAAAAAAUAAGUACACCCCAUAUAAAGUUUUUUCUUUUUUAAUAUUUGUGGACAUACCAGUGUUUUAUCUUCAUUCAAACAAUACAUAAAGACAAAUUGUGAUGUAAUUGAACAAAAAAAUGAAAAAUUGACUUUAUUAAUCAAAUUUAUAUAGCAGCGUAUCUCACAGAAAAUGGACAGUGUAGAACAAUCCAGUGAAACAAGGAUGGCAAAAGCUGGCAAUUAUUUAAAUAACACAUGCCAUUUCUUUCUGGAGGGUGAACCCAACAGCCUUGGUUCUUAUCCCAAGUAUUGCCUCCUUUGGCAGAAACACCCUCAAAUGUUUCUUACAACCAUUUCCCAGUUUCUGACAUCCACUGAGAGUAAUUUUUUCCCACUCUUUCGUGGAGAUUUUUUUUUCAGCUAUGUAAUGCUUGAGGAAUUUCUUGCAUACAUAGCCUGUUCUAAAAUCACUUGACAGCAUUUUGAUGGGAUUUAGAUCCCAGAUUUGAGUUGACCAUUCUAGAACACUCAAUUUAUUUUUUUCAGCCAUUCCUUGGUUAAUUUACUGGAAUGUUUAGAGUUGUUGUGUUGUGAGGUCCACUUUCUGUUCAGCCUUUUUUUCUGACAGAUGGCCUCACAUUAUCCUCAAGCACUGUCUAGUACAACGAAGAACACAUAGUAGUUUCUGUGAUGAUGGGUUUAUCCAGGCUGUUAUGCAGCAAGGCAGCCCAAACCAUAACAUUUCCACCAACGUGGUUUAUAGUUGGUAUCAGGUUCUUUGAUUUUUAUAAAAUACGUCUUUUGAUCCUGUUGCCAAAUGACCCCUAUCAUUGCCUUAUCUAUCCAAAGCACAUUGUACCAGAGGUCUUGGACUUUGCCUAAGUGUUCAAAAGUUUCAUCCUGGUACACCCCUCAUGUAGAUCUAAUUUGUGCAACUGCUUUGUAACAGUAGGCUCACAUACUUCAACAUCUUGCAUUCUGCUCUUGGGUUGAGUUUAAUGGGGUAACCUGGCCUGGCAAGUUAGCAGUUCUUUGAAAUCUUCUUUAGUUGUAGAUGAUCUUACAGGCAAUGGAAUAAUUGGUGUCUGUUUGGCAAUUUUUUAAAAUCUCUUCCCAUACUCUAAGGAAUUUCUUACUUUUCUGAAGGCCUCGGAGAGCUUUUUCUAUUAGACAUAGUAGCAGUACACACUUUAACAACAAAGAGCAAAUCAAAGUACAAUUCUGAAAUAGGUAUAGUUGGAUACUUUCAAUAAGGCAGGUUCCAACCAGAUUCUCUCUAAGAUGCUCUAAUCAUUUGCACCUGAUUUAGUGCACCUGAUUCUAGUUUUAGAUAUUUGAAUAGUGAUAAAUAUAGGGAUGUAUUUGCUUUUCUAUAUAUGAAAUUUGAAUUUGUUUAUAGGUAGUCCUUGACUUACUGCAGUUGGCACCAGAAUUUGUUACUAAGCAAGGCAGUUGCUAAAUGAAUUGCACCUGAUUUUACAACCUUUUUUGUGACAGUUAAGUUAAUCACAUGGUAAUUAAGUGAAUCCAAUUUCCCCCAUUGACUUUGCUUUUUGGAAGCAAGCUGGGAAGGAUGCAAAUGAUGAUCACACGACCCUGGGAUGCUGCAACCAUCAUAAAUACUUUCCAGGCACGUAAAUUAUGAUCCUGUGACCAUAGGGAUGCUGCAGUGAUUGUGUGAGGGCCAGUUGUAAGUCACUUUUUUUUCCAGUGCCAUUGUAACUUUGAAUAGUCACUAAAUGAAUUAUUGUAAAUUGGGGAUUACUUACAGUUAAAUUACGCAAUGGAUUACAAAAUGUAAAUGGUUAUAUUAACAUAUCCUCUUAACAAUAUUGUUGAAAUGAAGACCAGCUAUAUGUUGAAAAA